AUGCAUCUUCCCCUGUGGUCCCUGUUCGUGAGCUCUUGCUUGGCAGUUCCGGUCAUUGAUCGGCAACAACAAGCCCUGCGUCCCCAUGACAGGAAUAGCCCCUACACGCCAGACAACCGAGAUCCCUAUGACCGCAAAAUUGACUCCUAUGGCAAUGACUGGCAGCCAUUACCUUGGCGUAACGGCGAUGGUGCGACCAUGAUGGGGCCUCGAAACAAAGAUCGGGAGCGACAAAACCCAGACAUGCUUCGGCCUCCCAGCACCGAUCAUGGAAGCAUGUCCAACUACCGUUGGAGUUUUGCGGACUCGCAUAUCAGGAUCGAGGAAGGCGGGUGGACACGUCAGACCACCAUCAGAGAACUUGGGUCAAGCAAGGAGAUUGCCGGUGUCAAUAUGAGACUUGAUUACGGUGUAAUUCGAGAACUUCACUGGCAUAAGGAGGCGGAAUGGGCAUAUGUCCUUGAGGGUAGUGUGCGUGUCACUGCUCUGGACACUGAAGGCGGCAAUUUCAUCGACGACCUUCAGAAGGGAGACUUGUGGUACUUCCCAUCCGGCCAUCCCCAUUCUCUGCAAGGGUUAGACCCCAACGGCACCGAGUUCUUGAUCGUUUUCGAUGACGGCAACUUCAACGAAGAAUCGACUUUUCUGCUGACUGACUGGCUUGCUCAUACUCCCAAGUCUGUCCUUGGAGAAAAUUUCCGCCUCUCGCCAGAAGUUUUCAAGACCAUUCCCAAGUCCGAUAAAUACAUUUUCCAGGGUAGCCUGCCGGGCUCCAUUGAUGAUGAGAAGCCAGAUGGCACCCAUGUUAAGAAGUCAAAAUUCCGAUUCACCCACAAGAUGCUGGAUCAAGAGCCCCUCAAUACCACCGGGGGUCUGGUUCGCAUCACUGACUCGACCAACUUCCCCAUCUCCAAGACGAUCGCAGCCGCCCACCUCGACAUUGCUCCUGGCGCUAUGCGUGAGAUGCAUUGGCAUCCGAAUGCCGACGAGUGGUCAUAUUUCAUCAAGGGCCGUGCGCGCGUCACCAUCUUCGGGGCCGAGGGGAAUGCUAGAACCUUCGACUAUAUGGCGGGAGAUGUUGGCGUGGUUCCAAGGAAUAUGGGCCAUUUUAUCGAAAACUUGAGCGAGGACGAGCCCGUUGAGGUAUUGGAGAUCUUCCGGGCCGAGAAGUUCCAGGACUUCUCAUUAUUCCAGUGGCUGGGUGAGACGCCGAAGAAGAUGGUUGCGGAUCACCUCUUUGCCAAUGACAAAACUGGAGCAGACAAGUUCUUGAAAGAGAUCCACGACGCAGAAUAUGACCCGAUCCGGGGAAAGGCCGAGGAUUCCUAA